GAGUUCGUGUAUUUGAAGGAAAUUGAUAAACUAUGUAACACGUCCUACGAAUUUUAAAGUCAUUUUUCCGAGAUUUUCAUUGAAAUUGCACAUCAUUUAAGUGAAAAAUAUUUAAAAUGCGGUUAAAUGCUGCUAUUUUAAGUUUUGCUCUUCUACUCGUUGUGGUGUCAGCGAGAAUAGAUCCUCAAAAUUUAAGAUGCUUAGUGUGUCGGAAGACCUUCGAGGAGCUUAAUGCAGUCAUUAAGGGCGUUGAUAAAUGGAAGAAGGUUGAAGUCGGUAAUUUCAGAAUGGACGCCGAGGGCAACACAAUGCAACAGAAAGUACCAGCCCAUCGUUCAGCUGUUUACAUAUCUGAAGUAAUUGAUGGAAUUUGCAAGAAAAUGGAUGACUACGUACGUGUGUACUACAAGGCGACAGGCAAGCUCGCGAUAAUGCAGCUCAUCACGCCGGGGGGUGGCAUGAACCCUGAGUUCUCGAAGACAAAGUUCGUGACGGACGACGACUUGAACAAGAGCCUCGAGUACUAUUGCGAACGUAUGUUUGAAGCUAACGAAGACGAAAUCACCGAUUUGUACAAGAACAGGCCGGAGGAUGACGUCAUGCCGGACGCAGAACGAGAAAUCUGCUUCAACCACGCCAAGUACUGCGAGGACUGGAUGUUGCCGACUGAGGAGGAUACCACCUGGACACCGGAGAUGGAAGCGGAGUAUGUUAAGGUCCACGGGCCAGAUCCAUAUGGCUUCGGUGGUAUGCCGCAACAGCAGAUACAGCAGGAACCAGACGCUGAGGACUACGAUGAUACGGAUGACGUCGAAGAUGUUCCAGCUGAGGAUGAAAUCCAGGAACCGUCUCCAACCAAGGAGGAAUUGUAGAAGUGUGUAUUAUAAACCAUGAGUGAGUUUGUUUAUUGUGAAAAUAUGCUUACAUUUUAUAUAAUGUAUUCAUAAAUAACAUUUGUCCAAAUGUUUGUCUAUUUACUUGAAUAGGUUCUACAUUAUGUAUAUAUAUGUUACUAUCCAAUAGUGAAAUUAAAACAUAAAUGUGAAAAUUUAAUUAUAUAUUUAAUAUAAAUUAAUAUGUAUAUUACUUAUUGUAAUAAUUAAAUUUGUAUCAAAUUGAUAUAUAUUAUUUUUAAUGUCUAUACAAUAUGUACACAAUGCAGUUAAAUUGUGAAACGAUUUGUGCAGUAGGCUUGCGUCCGAUGUAUCAAAACGAAUUCAAAAUCGGAUUUCAAACACAAAUUGAUUUGUCUUGAUUUCGCAAAUUAAAAAUCUGAUUUCAAAAAAACGAACCAAACGCCAAAGAACUAUAGAUCGAUUGAAAAGAUUUUGAAUCGACAAAUAAAAUCACUGGAUAUCACCAAACGAAUUGUGUGUGGUAUCCAAACGCAAACUGAUUGUUACGUACUAUGAAAUUCGCUUUCUCUCUUUCUAACCAAUUGGAAUAAAGCGGAAUAAAAAGGAUAGCGCGAAUUUUGCGAUUCGGAUUUUUUGCGAUUUUUUGGUUCUGCUACGGAUAUCUAUUACGCAAUCAUCGACCUUACUACUAAGUACUUAAAGACUAUAUUUGCUUGAGCGCAAGCGAUUUGGUGAGGCUAGGCGUUACCGAAAUCGGAUAUCUAAAAUCGGAUUUUGAAUUUGAAAUCGGAUAAAUAUCAGUUUGCGUUAAAAACCAAAAAACGCCCAACUAAUGUGCAGUCCUACAAAUAUUGUUUCAUAGUGUGUAAAUGAAAUUAUUUGUUGCAUUUAUCUAAUACUAAAAUGUAAUAUUGUUUGUCUUUGAAUCACGAAUCAACUGCUAGUUCUAAAGACGCACACAAGCUUGAUUAUAUGUGUGAUUAUAAAAAAUAUGGCAUUGAAUAUAUAAAAUGUUAUACGUUUGGUUAAAAUUUAAUUUGUUUAAAUAAUCGGUGUUGCCAUAGAUACAUGUAUUUCUACCCGUAGUCCUAUAUUUUUAUCUGUGUUACAAAUAAAUUUAUUAUUAUUUUAAAUUAUUUAUUUAUAAACUCUUUUAAUUGUGAUUGAUGAUUUAUUUUAUAUAAUCUGUCGAGCUCAAGUUAGUUUUAAUUUAUAAUUAUAUAUUACAUGGAAAUGUGCCUUUAUAAUGUAUACUUCUGAGGUUAUUAGAAUUUGUAAAUUUAAUGUUAUAUUUAUAUAAUGUCAUAUUAGAUACCGUAGUAUUGGUUUGAACAUAAUUACAAUAAAAUUUUUGUGUUUGAAAAUGUUAAAUUUUUUAAAAGAUUGAGAAAAAGUGUUUGUUUUUUAAAUAUUUGUUAUUUUCAUCAUUUCAUCUUAACAAAUAAGAGUCCACAGAUAACACAGUUUGGUCAAAUAUUUAUCUUUUGUCUUGUAUUGAGAUUAUUUUCUUCAUACAAUGUUGUGAUUAUGCAAAAGGAGAGUAUUUUGUUUGUUUCAACUAUUUACACUUUCUUUAAAACUCUUUCCAUUAAUCAUAAUUAUUUAUUUAUUUAUAUAAUUGACUUAAUUGAUAACUUUUUUUUUCACAAUAAGAUUAUAACAAUAAAUUGUAAUCCUUAGACUCGAUUUUUAAUAUAUGUUGUAUAGGCUAUUUCAAUGUUAGAAGGAGUAUAUAUAGACAAACUUUAGAUUUACAUAUUCUAUGCGAUUUUCUACUAGCUCUGCUGUAUGUACUACAAACGGUUCUCGUUAAAUAUACCUUAAUUUUUAAUACAACACUAUACCACACAAUUACUUAUGUGUACUUUAAUUUGAAACCGAUAACUAUACUGGUGGUAGGGCUUUGUGCAAGCUCGUCUGGGUAGGUACCACCCACUCAUCAGAUAUUCUACCGCAAAACAGCAAUACUUGAUAUUGUUGUGUUCCGGUUUGAAGGGUGAGUGAGCCAGUGUAAUUACAGGCACUAGGGACAUAAAAUCUUAGUUCCCAAGGUUGGUGGCGCAUUGGAUAUAAGCGAUGGUUGACAUUUCUUACAAUGCCAAUGUCUAAGGGCGAUUGGUGACCACUUACCAUCAGGUGGCCCAUAUGCUCGGCCACCUUCCUAUUCUAUAAAAAAAAAAAACUAUUAGGACGCCAUUUUAUCACGAAUCUAUAAUGCCUAUGUUGUGUUAGAUGUCGACCAAUGAUAUCAAGUUAAUUUAAGGUCAAAGUCGUUUAUUUGUCUCUACUCUUCUAUCAUUGGAGUAGACUAUAAAUCACUCUCUUUUUACAGUAAGGGCCGUAUGUACUUCUCUAAUUAUUUUUGGGUGCCAAUUUAUACUGGUGGAUAGUGUGCAAUAUUUCAUAUUGUUAUGUGUGAUUGGUACUGUCGGCUGUAGUUUGAGGACCUGUUCGAAGUGAUCGCUUAAAAAUUUCAAAUAUGAAAUGUGCGUUGUGAAAAUGUGAUGUUAUUUUAUUAAACGUUUAUAAAUAUAA